AUGGAUCCAUCUAAGUUCACGCAGAAGACUAUCGAGACGUUGAACAACGCACAGGAGCUCGCGCAAGAGAACGCGCAUCAGCAGGUCACGCCGGUACAUGCAGCAAUCAAGCUCUUUGAGGACCCGGAAGGCAUAGCAAAGCAAGCCAUCCUACGCAACAGCAAUGAGGAAACGCUGCGAUCUAUUCUCCGAGUGCUCAACAAGAAACUGGUCCGGUUGCCUUCAGUCGAUCCUCCUCCAGAUCAGGCGGAGUUCAGCAAUGAGAUGCGCAAGGUCUUGCAGUCCGCCGUCAAGCGAGCAAAGCAGAACAACGACAGCUUCAUGGGCGUGGACGCUCUGCUCAAGGCUCUCCUGGAUAACAAAGAUGUGGCUGCUGCACUAAGCGAAGCAGGCACGAGCAAGGCGCAGCUGGAGAGUGCGCUGUCAGAUGUGCGGGGCAGCGGGGGCACAGUGGACACGGACACAGGCGACCAGAAGUUCGAGGCGCUGCUGAAAUAUGGCACUGACCUUACAGCAAAGGCGGCGCAGCUGGACCCCGUCAUUGGGCGCGAUGAGGAGAUCCGCCGCAUCGUGCGCAUUCUGUGCCGCCGCACCAAGAACAACCCCGUCCUCAUUGGCGACCCCGGCGUGGGCAAGACGGCAAUAGUGGAGGGACUGGCGCAGCGCAUAGUAAAGGGGGAUGUGCCGGAGGUGCUGAAGGGCAUGCGCGUCAUAUCCCUGGACAUGGGCGCGCUCGUGGCCGGCGCCAAGUACCGGGGCGAGUUUGAGGAACGGCUGAAGGCCGUGCUGGCCGAGGUGCAGCAGGCGCAGAACGUCAUCCUCUUCAUCGACGAAAUCCACCUGGUGCUUGGGGCAGGCAAGACGGACGGCGCGAUGGAUGCAGCGAAUCUGCUCAAGCCGAUGCUGGCGCGCGGAGAGCUGCGGUGCAUCGGCGCCACCACGGUCGGCGAGUACCGGCAGCACAUGGAGAAGGACGCCGCGUUCGAGCGACGUUUCCAGCAGGUGCAAGUGGAGGAGCCGAGCGUGCAGGACACGAUCCAGAUCCUGCGCGGCAUUGCGGACAAGUACGCCAGCUUCCACGGCGUGCGCAUCCAGGACCGCGCCCUCGUGGCAGCCGCAGAGCUGUCCGCCCGCUACAUACAAGGCCGCUUCCUGCCGGACAAGGCGAUAGACCUGGUGGACGAGGCGUGCGCGAACAGCCGCGUGCAGCUGGACAGCGUGCCCGAGGACAUCGACGCGAUGCAGCGCCAGAAGUACAGGCUGCAGGUCGAGGAGAAGGCCCUCAGCAAGGAGAAGGACAAGGCGAGCAAGGAGCGGCUGGAGGAGGUGAGGAGGGAGCUGGGGGAGAUAGAGGAGAAGCUGAAGCCCCUAGUGAUGCGAUACGCAGCAGAGAAGCGCGCGCUGGACGAGCUGCGGGCUUUGCAGAAGAAACGCGACGAGCUCAAGGUCAAGCUGGCCGAGGCUGAGCACCGCAUGGACCUCGCCAUGGUCGCCGACCUCAAGUAUGGGGCGCUGCAGGAGGUGGAGGAUGGGAUAAGGGCCAAGAUAGCGCAGCUGCCCAAGGACCCCAUGCUGACUGAGGAGGUGGGCCCCGAGGACAUCGCGCAGGUCGUCAGCCGCUGGACUGGCAUCCCAGUCUCGCGCCUGCAGACCAGCGACCGCGAACGCCUGCUGCACCUCGCUGAGCAGCUGCACAAGCGCGUCGUCGGGCAGGACCAGGCGGUGGAUGUGGUGGCGAGUGCGGUGAUGCGCAGCCGGGCGGGGCUGUCAUCGCGGUCGCGCGGCAGCAGCUUCCUCUUCCUGGGGCCCACGGGCGUCGGCAAGACCGAGCUGGCCAAGGCCCUCGCCGAGCUGCUCUUCGACGACGAGAAAAUGAUGAUCCGCCUCGACAUGAGCGAGUACAUGGAGAAGCACACGGUUGCGCGGCUGAUCGGCGCGCCGCCGGGCUACAUUGGGCACGACGAGGGCGGGCAGCUGACGGAGGCCGUGCGGCGCCACCCCUACUCCGUCGUCCUGCUGGACGAAGUCGAGAAGGCCCACCGCGAGGUGAUGAACAUCCUGCUGGGGGUGUUGGACGACGGGCGGCUGACGGACGCGAAGGGCCGAACGGUGUCCUUCGCCAACACGGUCAUCAUUCUGACCUCCAACCUGGGCUCGGACCUGCUGCUGGAGCACGGCAAUGGCGCGCUCGCCAAGGACCUGGUCAUGGGCGUCGUGAGGCAGCACUUCCGCCCAGAGUUCCUCAACCGCCUCGACGACGUCGUCCUCUUCGACCCCCUCGGCCACGACCAGCUGCGCAAGAUCGCUGCCAUCCAGGUAAAGGAGCUGAAUCAGCGGCUGAUCCACAAGUCGAUCACACUGGAGCUCACGGAUGCCGCACUGGACUACGCGGUCGAGCAGUCCUACGACCACCUCUACGGCGCGCGGCCGCUGCGGCGCUGGCUCGAGCAUAACAUCCUCACCGACCUCUCGCGCAUGAUCGUCACCGGCGAGCUUACAGAGGGCUCCACAGUGAUAGCGGACGCCGAUCCCAAGACCGGGCUGCGCUACACCGUGCACAAGCCCGCGGAGCCCGUUACUAAAGAUGACGGCGCCAAGCGGCCGCGCUGGGCCGGCCAGAGCGCUCUGGAUGAUGCCUUCGAGUCUGAGAUGGAGGAGUGA